AUGUGGCCGUAUCUUCAAACUGUGAGUUAGUGUAACAUAGCUUAAAAACUUUAUUUUUCAAAUUGGUUUAUAUGUUUUGUACUAGUUUAGUCGUUUCAUAACAUACUGCAUGCCUCAUUGGCUUGUUCUACUCUAUGCAUAAAAUCAUAACAAUAACAAUAUAUAAAUCACUUUCAGUUAGACACCGCAGUAACAGAGCAAUUUUACGGCUAUGUGAUUGCAAUUUACCCAUUGGGCCAGAUUAUUAGUAGUCCUUUGAUUGGUUACUGGAGUAACAGAAUUCAAUGUGUAAAGAUACCAAUUGCACUAUGUUUGACUGUCAGUAUGUUUGGUGACAUACUGUAUUUAAGUGCAAGUCAUCUUGACAUAUCAAGCUACAGAAAAUACAUGAUAUUGAUGUCUAGAGGUGUUAUUGGACUUGGAGCUAGUAAGUAUGAACUUUUUUCACUUUUUAGGUAUUGUUUUGUUAAAUAAAUGAAAGUUUUUUACUGCGAAAAACUAUAAAAUACAGUAAGAAAGCAAAUUAAAUAGCGAUAUAUUAUGAAGUGUAAAGAAAUAUGCUUAUUUUAAGGCGUUGUCACAUUGUUACGAAGCUACGCAGUAGUAGCCAGUAAGCCAGAAGACCGUUCAAGAACUAUCGCUUUGGUCUCAGGAAGCUUCGCUCUUGGUAUGACUACUGGUCCAGGUAUGUCACUAUUACUUCUAAUUUAUUUGUUUUGUCUUAAAAUUUUACUUUAUUAAUAAUACUGUUUACAUAAUUCUGUGCCCCCUUUUAAAGCAAAUUUUUACGAUCAGAGAGCACAGAAUUAUUAGAACAACCUAAUAAAAUCUGUAUGACAAUGUUUUAGCUAUUCAAUUACUGUUUACCCCAUUGAAUUACCCCGGUUUCGAAUUAUUUGGGGAUGUACGGUUCAACAUGUACACUGCACCGUCAUUUGUAGCAUUUAUUGUUAAUGGAAGUGGCAUUAUUGCUUUGUUUUCUUUGUUUGAAGAAAAAUACGCUGGAAUUACAAGAAAAGUUCAGGUUAAUGUAGGUUCACCACCUUUUCCAAUUCAAAAGCAUAGUAAAUUUUAUAGAAGAUAUUCUAUUCGAAUGCCUUUCUUGUGGUAGCAUACUGUAUUUAAGCCUUAAAAUAUUGUUUUACUUCCCAGUUAGUAUUUUACUUUCAGGAAAAUGGAGAAUUAGAGAAAGUCAAGCUACCAGACUAUGAUAAGAUGGCCUUGUUUAUUUGUUGCCUUGGAAGAUUUACUCAACUCUUCACCUACACUAACAUUGAAACGUACGUUAUAGUAUUUUACUAUACGUUUCCAUAAUUUAAAAAAACUAUAAGAGUUAACAGUGCAGAUUAACAUAGAGAUACACUUUACAUCACUACAUUGAUUUAAAUUCUUAGUCUACGCACCCUCCCUUCCCUCUCCCCACUUUUUUACCCAUCUACUCCAGUACCAUACCUACAGCUACAGAAAGAUUUUGUUUUUUUUCUGUGAAUUUUUUUAAAAACUUUUGAUUUUGUAAAAUACGAUCUCUAUAAUUACUUCUAAUUUAAAAUAUAACAGAAAAAAUAUUGUUUAGAUUAGGCAGUCCAAUGGCAAUGACAAUGUUCGCCCUGAACAAGAAAGAAGCUGUUACUACCGUAGCUACAGCCCAUGCCUUUCUCAGUCUAUUUGCCUUUGUCAUAUAUGCUGGAUUUGCGGCCAAAAAGUUGGAUAAAUAGUAAGCUAUACUGCUUUCGUUUGUAUGUACAUAUUUAAACUGUCAAUACCUACAAAAAUUAUACUCACGUAUUUAGCCAUUAUAGACACUAUGAAGGCCAGUAAAGCUUUUUAUUAAAAAAUUUUUAAUUAUACUCACAACCAUAAACACUUUAGUGUAGAUUACCGCAAGAUGUGUAUAGGAGGCCUAAUGCUACUAGGCCUCUUCCAUAUCAUAACCUACUCCUACCCCUUCUUACCUGGUCAUCUCAAAACAUACGAUUCAUCUGACUUCUACAAUAAUACCGAGCCGGUUGGUUGUAACAAAGACAGAUUCUCAUGGUGUGACACGGUAAACCCGAUCAAUAUGUGGGUAUUGUAUGCGACUUACUCUGUCUGUGUUGGAAUUGCGUUUCCCAUAGUAAACUUGUCGGUAAAUACCUUGUUUACUCAGAUUAUUGGGCCUAGGAGACAAGCGACAUUGACUGGCAUACAACAAAGUUUUGGGAAUGUGGCUCGCGUUACUGGGCCACUCAUUAUUAGGUAGCUUACCAUUAAAUAUUAAUUUUUAGCUCAUACACAUUUGGACUACAUAAUAUAAUAUCUUUAAAAGUAAUUUUACUUACUUUAAAGUAACUUUUACUAUUUCAGUAACAUAUACGAAGCUUAUGGCCCAACAAUAUCAUGGGACAUUGAGAUCGUGGUCAUUGCCAUUACAAUACUUAUAAAUUUACUGUACUAUAAGAGAUUGGUGCCACUGAAAGUGUAA